AUGGUGAGUGCCGUUGUCUUUAGCCUUGAAGCAUUAAUGGUGAGUGCCGUUGUCUUUAGCCUGGAAGCAUUAAUGGUGAAAGCCGUCAUCUUUAGCCUGGAAGCAUUAAUGGUGAGUGCCUUUGUGUUUAGCCUGGAAGCAUUAAUGGUGAGUGCCUUUGUCUUUAGCCUGGAAGCAUUAAUGAACCCCUUUAAAAACCUCAGGGAACUGUGGCUAUUAGACUCUGGGUCCACUUGGCCAGAAAAAUUAAAGCCGAACAUCACUGUGUCUCCUGUCAAACUAUUCAGUGGAGACACAGGAACCAUUACUUGUAACUUCUCUGAUGUAACAGAUGUUUCCUGGUCUCGCGAUGCCAUAAAAAUUUCUAAUAAUUCAAAGUAUACCACAAGUUCUACUAUACGAGGAUCAUACCAGCUGAGGAUAAAGGAUCUGGAAAAUUCUGACUCAGGUACUUACACCUGUACCGGUACUCUAAAUGGAACAUCACAAAGCUUAAGCAUCGGCAUCAGUAUUUCCAAGGUUGACAUUAACCCAUCACGUAACAUUGAUACUUUCUGCGAUGGUUCUAAAUGGAGUAUUUCAUGCUGCAGUGACGACAUUCUCCUCUUUAAUGUGACUUGGCAGGCUGAAGAUGCCCCAGGGGAUCAAAGCAGCAACAGCACCUGCUCAAUAUAUACACUGACUGCAGAUACAUCCAGAUGUUCAUCUUCUCAGCCAAAUAAGUACACUUGUAAUUUUCUAAGAAAUGAAGGGGCCAGAGCUUCAAAUGUUAUAACUAUAACCUAUAUAACAAAAGCCAACAUAAGCAUCACUCGAGUGUCACCCAUUUCUGCGGGCAAAGCGCUGGAUAUAAUUUGCACCACAAAUGUCACUGUAAACAAAAUAGAGUUGGCAAAAGAUACCACAAGUAAUGUGAAAGCCAGUUCAUCAGGUACAAGCAGGGUCACUUUUCCAAUAGGCAGUACUACCCCAGACUGGUCGGGUAUUUUCAUAUGUACAGCAUAUCAGAGUACACUGACUAGUUCUCAGAAUAUAACUGUGGAGGUUGUAGCGCUGCCCCAGGAUGAUUCCAUAAAGGUGUACCCUCUUCAGUCAUAUGUGAAGUGUGCAGAACAAGCAGAGCUGAAAUGCUGUGUAUUUAAUCAAAACUAUAGUAUAUAUUUCCGCAACAACAGCGCAGUCACAACACCUGGUAAACCAUCUGGAAACCAGGGAAAUAUGGCAUGUUUUAUUUACUCGCAGUCCGUUGAGUGUAAUCCCAAUGCCGUGUCAACUGUAUACUGUGUGGUCACCAACAAAUUGUCUGAUAGAACCACUAGUAAAGACGCGAUGACCAUAAGCCUUCUAAAGGGUGAAAAAACAUGCAGUGCUGAGGGUAACCGUCCUGAAACACCCAGUGGACGUAACUAUUCUGUGCCAUGUCAGGAACGUGACCCGACGCAGCUUGGUAACAUCAUUUAUCCCUGCAAGGAUGAAGACUGGGGACAGGAAAUAAAUCUGUGUUAUUCUGAAAAGAUUUUUUCAGCAUUUCAAAGUGCCCAGGACUUGGUAAAUGGCCCAGAUGUACAACAAAACCUGGCAACAUUUCUAGAAAAUAUCACAACCAUUGCAAUAGUCGAAAAACAAAAUAUAGGAAAUUCAUCCAAAAAUAUUGAAUUCAUGGUCAAUAUAAUAUCUAUUGUUGCAAGCACCAAUGUAGCAGUAUCCAAGCCAAUGAUGAAGAAUUUACUCCAAACAGUAGAUAUUGUGGUCAAUAACAUCACCUCUUGGGAAGAAGCCUCAAAUCAAAGUUCUACAGUUCUGAAGUCCGUGGAAUCAUUUGCAAAGAAUCUUCAGUUCAAUGAUACUUUCUCCUCCACAAAUGAUAACACAAGCAAUAUCCAGGUCUUUGGCAAAGUCGUGAAAGGAGAUACUGGGUAUAAUGGAAAUUUUUCGUUGGCAGGCCUAAGUAGUAAUGUAAUGAUCAAAAGUGGGACUUUGCCAGGAGAUUCUAACACAGUGGUCACCAUAGCGUACUCUACGAUGAAAGACCUCCUGCCGCAAAAUAAGACAAGAAAGGUCAACGCCUUGGUCAUGUCAACGGUCAUAAAUAACUCCUCAAGCAUAGAUAGCAAAGUUUUUAACAUCACUAUGACAUUUACCAAGAGUAACUUAACUCUGAUAAAUCCAGACUGUGUCUGGCUAGAUCUGGACCGGCAGUAUUGGAGUAAUGGUGGCUGCAUUGCAUUGAGUGCCAGUGAUGAGGAAAUGGUGAAAUGUUCGUGCAACCACUUGACUUCCUUCUCAGUCCUCAUGGGUGAUAAUGACGCUCAAUUUUUGACUAUAAUUACCUAUGUCGGAGUUUCAAUAUCUAUUGUCUCCCUGGUUAUCACUCUGCUCAUCGAAGCUGUAGUAUGGAGAUCUGUCAUCAAAAACAAGACCUCUUACAUGCGCCACGUUUGUCUAGUUAAUAUUGCCGUGACCCUUUUAAUUGCUGACAUCUGGUUUAUGAUCGGCGCCGCAUUGGAAAAAUAUCCAACCUCAGAUGCAUGCACAGCUGUGGCUUUCCUGACCUUUUACUUUUACUUGUCACUGUUCUUCUGGAUGCUGGUCCUUGGGCUUAUCCUCUUUUAUCGCUUGAUCUACCUCUUGCAUGACAUGAGUCGACGAAUUAUGAUGAUCAUAGCUUUCUGCUUAGGAUAUGGUUGUCCUCUGCUGAUUGCCAUCAUAACGGUGGCGGCAACAGCUCCGAGUGGGACAUUCACUAGUGGUAAAUUUUGCUGGCUGUCAUACAAACCAGUAACAUUUCUGGCCUUUGUGAUCCCAGCUUUAACCAUUGUGAUCAUCAAUGUUUUUAUCUUGAUUGUGGUUAUCAUAAAGCUACUAAGGCCAGGCAUCGGAGAACGGCAUGGGCAUGAGGAAAAGCAGGCUUUUGUUGUGAUAGUUAAAAGCAUUGCUGUCCUGACACCGCUUCUUGGAAGUACUUGGGUACUCGGUCUUGUAGUUGCCACCGAUCCUUCAAAUAAUGUCGUCCAUGGAAUUUUUGCAGCUCUCAACUCUUUUCAGGGUUUGUUCAUAUUGAUAUCUACUGUCUUGUUGGACCAAAAUGUAAGAAAAAUAGUAAGAAGCAGCAUUUCUAACUCUUACUGGAGUACCCUCCGGACUAAAGUGCAGACUACAUCAACCAAUUCAUCUGCGUCUUCAAAGCCAUACAGGAAGAAAUUAUUUGGCAAAGGAGGCGGCUACGAUUUCUACUCUGCUCAAAGUUCAACCAAUGACAAUUCAACCAACUCAUAUUCUGUGCUUGCUUAAUGCAGAUGAUAGUUUAAUAUAUACCCUGCAGCAAUUAUAUGAUACCUUUCAUUUUUUUUUUUUUUUUGGGGGGGGGUUAUCAUUUCUAUGUAUAGCUUCAGGGUAGGGUCACACGUGCCGUAUUUUGCUGCAUAUUUUUCUAACCAUUGAAGUCAAUGGGUAGCAAAAUCAGUUGCAGAUAAUAUGCGGCAAAAAACGCAGCAAAAUUUGACAUGCGUGACCCUACCCUUAAAAAGAAUGUCAGCCCUUUUAAUUUCCUAUUAAUCUAUAUAGUUCCAAUAUAGAUCUAAUAUUGUAUGGUGAUUCAUUUCUUCAUAAAUCUAUACAGUGAUGGCCGGGCUCAGUAUUUGUGAGGCAUAACUCCAAAUCCCUUGAAUAGAAGUAGACUUAUAUGAUAAAAAUAUGGCUGCCACUUGUAGAGGAAGCUUACGGCAUGUGUAUACUCUGUAGUCAAUAAUAACACAGUAUGCAGUUAUCUUCCCCAACUGCAGGCAGCCAGUAUGUUAUUACUGCAUUAGGAUAAUGGAGCUAUGGCCACUAGAUAUAGUGAGUAAGGCUGCAUUCAC